AUGACUAUUGACUAUACUUGGUGGAAAGACGCUACAAUCUAUCAAAUCUGGCCAGCUUCUUAUAAAGAUUCCAAUGGUGAUGGUAUUGGUGAUAUCCCAGGUAUUAUUUCCGAAUUAGACUACAUCAAAGAUUUAGGAGUUGAUAUUAUCUGGUUGAGUCCAAUGUACAAAUCGCCAAUGGAAGAUAUGGGUUAUGAUAUCAGUGAUUAUGAAGACAUCAACCCAGAUUUCGGUACUUUGCAAGAUAUGCAAAAUUUAAUUGAUGGUUGCCACGAAAGAGGCAUGAAAAUCAUUUGUGAUUUAGUCAUCAACCAUACUUCCGAUCAACAUGAAUGGUUCAAAGAAUCAAGAUCUUCAUUGGACAACCCAAAGAGAGACUGGUAUAUCUGGAAGAAACCAAAAUAUGAUGCUGAUGGUAACAGACACCCACCAAACAAUUGGAGAUCAUACUUUUCAGGAUCAGCAUGGACUUACGAUGAAACAACCGGUGAAUAUUAUUUAAGAUUAUUCGCUAAUGGUCAACCAGAUUUGAAUUGGGAAAAUGAAGAAUGUAGAAAUGCAAUUUAUGAUUCUGCAUUGAAAUUCUGGUAUGAUAGAGGAGUUGAUGGUUUCAGAAUUGAUACUGCUGGUUUAUAUUCAAAAGUUCAAACCUACCCAGAUGCACCAAUUGAGUUCCCAGAUCAAGAAUUCCAACCUUGUACACUUUAUUCUCAUAAUGGACCAAGAAUCCAUGAAUUUCAUCAAGAAAUGUUUGAUAAAGUUACUUCUAAAUAUGAUGUUAUGACUGUUGGUGAAGUUGGACAUUCAUCAAGAGAAGAUGCUUUAAAAUAUGUUGGUGCAUCUAGACAUGAAAUGAAUAUGAUGUUUUUAUUUGAUUUAGUUGAUGUUGGUUGUGAUGCCAAUGAUACUUUUAGAUAUAAAGGUUGGGAUUUAAAAGAUUUCAAGAAAGCUAUUCAAAAUCAAAGUGAUUUUGUUAAAGGAACUGAUGCUUGGUCAACUGUUUUCAUUGAAAAUCACGAUCGUCCAAGAUGUGUUACUAGAUUUGGUAAUGACAAGAAAUAUCAUGACAAGAGUGGUAAAUUAUUAGCAAUGUUACAAACUACAUUAACUGGUACUUUAUUCAUCUAUCAAGGUCAAGAAAUCGGUAUGACCAACUUGCCAAGAUCAUGGUCCAUUGAAGAGUACAAGGAUAUCAACACUAUCAACUACUACAAUGCUUUUAAAGAGAAGUAUGGUAAUGAUCCAGAUUUCAAAGAAAAGGAAGAGAAAUUGUUGGACGUUAUCAACUUAGUUGCCAGAGAUCAUGCUAGAUCCCCAGUUCAAUGGAAUUCUUCAGCUAACGGUGGUUUCACUACAGGUAAACCAUGGACUAGAGUCAAUGAUAAUUAUAAGGAAAUCAAUGUUGAAGCUCAACAAAAGGAUCCAAAUUCAAUUUUGAAAUUCUAUCAAAGUUUGUUAAAAUUAAGAAAAGAAUAUAAAGAUUUAUUCAUUUAUGGGGAUUUAGAAGUAUUAGAUUAUGAUAAUGAAAAAUUAUUUACAUUCAUUAAGCAAUUACCAGAUUCCAAGUCACCAAAAGCUUAUAUUGCCGUUAAUAUGUCUAAUGAUCAAGUUAAAUUUAAUCCAAUAGUCGAUGGUGAUUAUAAAUUAGUUUCUUGUAAUGUUAAUCAAUCUGAAUUUGAUGAAUCUGUAUUGUCUCCUUUUGAAGGUAGAAUUUAUAUUAUUAAUUAG